AUGAGCACCAACGAAGAAACCCCUUCUUCCAUCGCUUUUGACGUUGACAUUAAAGAAAAUCCUGAUGCGUCCCCACCCAAACAUCUUUUGGAGAGGUUAAAUGCAGAGAAGGCCUCGGGAGAAGACAUCAACGCAAAACUCAUAGCUGCGGAAGAGAGAAAGAAACAGUUAGACGCUGAAAAGGCCCAGAAAGCUGCAAAUGAAGUUGCUCACGCAAAAAAAGUCGCCGAAGAACAUCGCCGUCUAUCUGACGCGAAUAACAAAGAGGGUUUGGCCAAAUUACAGGAAAAACUUUCUCAAGCUGAAAUUCGAC